AUGGGCCCCUUCCAGUGGCUCAGCGGCUGGGUGUCGCAAGAGUCUGUUCGUCAGGUCCCGGGUAACUGUGCUCCGGACCCGCCAACCUGGGUCGGCUUAUACGCGCCUGUGCUGGGAGGGACCCCACGGAAGAGCCCUCGGAGCGUCUAUCCCGGGCACUUCUCGCGGCGCUUGUCUGACGUGACUCUGGAGCUGCGAUUUCGCACAUUCAAAGGCACCCGCCAGCCCGCCCAGACGGUCCUCAUGUACCGCCCCCUGCUACAUGUCCUGGUGGCCCUGCUGGCCUUAAAGUCUGUCCUCCUCCAGGAAUGCGCCAAGUACAAGGCCAGCACCUGCCGGGAAUGCGUGGAGUCGGGGCCUGGCUGCGCCUGGUGCCAGAAGCUGAACUUCACAGCACCCGGGGAACCUGACUCUGUCCGCUGCGACACGCGGGAGCAGCUGAGGCUGAAGGAAUGCCCCCCUGACGACAUCAUAAACCCCACCAGCCUGGCCGAGCCCCAGGAGGACCGGGAGCAGGGCCAGAAGCAGCUGUUCCCGUCCAGGGUGACGCUGUACCUGAGGCCAGGCCAGGCCGCGACCUUCAACGUGACAUUCCGGCGAGCUCGGGGCUACCCCAUCGACCUGUACUACCUGAUGGACCUGUCCUACUCCAUGCUGGAUGACCUCAGGAACGUGAAGAAGCUGGGGGCUGACCUGUUGCGGGCACUCAACGACAUCACCGAGUCGGGCCGCAUCGGCUUCGGCUCUUUUGUGGACAAGACGGUGCUCCCCUUCGUGAACACGCACCCCGAGAAACUGAAGAACCCCUGCCCCAGCAAGGAGGAGGCCUGCCAGCCGCCCUUUGCCUUCAGGCACGUGCUGAAGCUCACCAGCGACGCUGGGCAGUUUCAGGCCGAGGUGGGCAAGCAGCGCAUCUCCGGCAACCUCGACGCCCCCGAGGGUGGGCUGGAUGCCAUGAUGCAAGUGGCCGCCUGCCCGGAGGAGAUCGGCUGGCGCAAUGUCACGCGACUGCUGGUAUUUGCCACGGACGACGGCUUCCACUUUGCUGGGGACGGGAAGCUGGGGGCCAUCCUGACGCCCAACGACGGGCUGUGCCACUUGGAAGACAACCUGUACAAGCAGAGCAAUGAGUUUGACUACCCGUCGCUGGGCCAGUUGGCACACAAACUGGCUGAGAGCAACAUCCAGCCCAUCUUCGCCGUCACCAAGCGGAUGGUACCGACCUACGAGAAACUCACGAAGAUCAUCCCCAAGUCUGCUGUGGGGGAGCUGUCGGAUGAUUCCAGCAAUGUGGUCCAGCUCAUCAAGAAUGCCUACAACGAACUCUCCUCUCGAGUCUUCCUGGAAAACAGUGCCCUGUCCAGUGCCCUGAGGGUCACCUAUGACUCUUUCUGCAGCAAAGGGGAUCCCAAGCUGGACCAGCCUCGGGGGGACUGCGAAGGGGUCCAGAUCAACGUCCCGAUCACCUUCCAGGUGAAGGUCACAGCCUCGGAGUGUGUGUCCGAGCAGUCGUUCGUCAUCCGCGCGCUGGGCUUCACCGACACAGUGACCGUGCGGGUCCUGUCCCAGUGCGAGUGCCGCUGCCUGGACAGGAGCCGCGACCGCCACCUGUGCAGGGACAAGGGCUUCAUGGAGUGCGGCGUGUGCAGGUGUGACGAGGGCUUCAUCGGCCAGACCUGCGAGUGCAAGACGCAGGGCCGCAGCAGCCAGGAGCUGGAGAGCCGCUGCCGCAAGGACAACAGCUCGGUGGUGUGCUCGGGGCUGGGCGACUGCGUGUGCGGGCAGUGCGUGUGCCACGCCAGCGACGUGCCCGAGCGCCGGGUGUACGGGCAGUUCUGCGAGUGCGACAACUUCAACUGCGAGCGCUACAAGGGCCAAGUGUGCGGGGGCGCAGAGCGCGGCCUCUGCUUCUGCGGCCAGUGCCAGUGCAAGGAGGGCUUCGAGGGCUCGGCCUGCCAGUGCACCACGUCCACCCAGGGCUGCGUGGACGGCAGCGGCAGCGGCGCGGUGUGCAGCGGCCGGGGCAGGUGCGAGUGCAACGUCUGCAAGUGCGACGCGGGCUACCAGCCGCUCUUCUGCAGGGACUGUCCGGGCUGCCCCUCGCCCUGCCCGCGAUUCGCCUCGUGUGCCGAGUGCCUGCGUUUCGAGAAGGGCCCGCUGGCCAAGAACUGCAGCAAGGCGUGUGCAGGGGUGCAGCUUUGGAACAUAACGGGCUCGGGACGCCGCUGCAAGGAGCAGGACUCGGAGGGCUGCUGGCUGAACUACACCAUGUAUAUGCGGGAUGGCCGCGAGCUGUACUAUAUGCAGGUGGAUGACAACCGCGAGUGUCCAAAGGGCCCGAAUGUGGCGGCCAUUGUGGGGGGCACCUUGGCGGGGGUGGUGCUCAUAGGACUCCUCCUGCUGGUCAUCUGGAAAGUGUUGACACAGAUCAGUGACCUGCGCGAGUACCGGCGCUUCGAGAAGGAGAAGCUCAAGUCCCAGUGGAACAACGACAAUCCCCUUUUCAAGAGUGCCACCACAACGGUUAUGAAUCCCAAGUUUGCGGAGAGCUAAGAUCUGGUGAUGACUUCCCCAGACCUAGCCAUCUGCUGACGGGGACCCCUGGGCACUGGGUGUGUGUCCCGCCAUCAGACUCCAGACGCUUGCUUUCUUCUAAAGAAAUACAUAUGCC